AUGAGUUACGCUCGCGUUUGGAACGAACUCAUGAACCCCGAAACCGCUGGAUCCCUGUCUGAUCCCACAGCUGAGGGUGCCGCCGAGGAACCGUCAAUACUCUGUGAUCCCGGAUUUUCCUAUGGGCUCGAUAUGAAAACUUUUUUAGGUGACAAAGACAGUGACGAGCGGCGUCGGAUAGAUGGGGUGGGCGAGAUUUCGGACGGAUCGGAAUGCGAUGAUAUCUAUGGGUCAGGAGAAGAUGCCGACGACGAUGCUUGUGCCACAAGUAAUGUCCUUGAGACGUUUGCACAGCGCUCCAUGCAGAAUCCGACACCAUCAGCGUUCGCUGCUGCAAAUGCCAAAGAUCAGCAUCCGCCGAAAGACUCCCAGUUUCUCCUCACUCAGAAAAUCAGCCGCGCUCGCAAUAAAGCAUGGCAGCACGAAACACUCCCGCUGUAUCAAGAAUUCGUAGCAAGACAAAUCGACCCUCCUUCGGGAGAACGGGUCAGCAUGGAGUAUAAUCACGCCACACAGUUCAUGCUCGGCGGAUUACAACUGGCUGGAAAUCGAACGGCCGCUUCAUGCGAGCCUUGUCAAGCCACCGAUGAUCAGUUACCACAAACCGAAACGCUGGGCUGCUUCACGCAUAUGGAAGCCUGGGCACGCCAGAUUCUCCUGAAUCACGAUAUUCCAGACGAUCAGUAUGACGAAAGCGUGCUCUAUUCGCUCAUGGUGUUCGCCGAAACGUUUUACGAGGGGUUCGUGCACUCUACUGAGCAGCUCCUCAAGGAAUCACGUGCACGCCAGGCCCAACGCCACUCGCCGAUACUUGAGCUACAGGACUUUUCCUUUGGUGUUGCUCGUAAGCUUCAAGAUCUCCAGCGGAAAGUCGAUUACAUUACAGGUAAAUUGGACAGAGCAAGCGAAAAGGAGGACGUCCCGCGUCAAACGCGGUACUCCAAAGUCCAAGCUAUCAAGCAAAACCUCGACGAGCAACUACUACUCGGCCGUGUCGUCAAGGACCUAGCGACGACUGCGAAGCCCAAAGAUAAACAAAAGGGCGCGGUUUCGACUCCGGCUCCCGCUCGUAAACCGAAACAGAAGGACGACAAAGCGACACCGAGACCGACGCCAGAUGCGGAAUCGAUCAGCACCGCUCCGAAACGGAAGGGACGUCCUCCAAAGAUCUCGCGGAAUGUUCAACCGAUCCGCGCAAUCUCACCUACCUCUGCGUACAGAGGCGGAACAGGCAAGAAUGCUGCGUUACUAGAGAACACUCUCAGGGCUACUGCAGUGAUGAACAACGCUAUGGCUCCCCCGCCUGCGCCUGCACCAACAAUGCUCCAUUUGGAGGUCCCUUCUGGGUGGGCUGUACCUCAAGCUGAAGAACAAUCCACUUCCUCAGGCGUAAGUGCAAGCAGUGUGGCUCUUUCUGCGUCGGAAUUGGUACCCGGACCGGCGACUACUAGCUCUUUGCAUCUACCCAUCAGCAACGCGGCCUCUCUGCAACGGGAUCUUCGUCCUGCGAACCUUGCUGGCUCUACUUCUGCUUCGGGUUCCUUGCCUCCUAUAUUCGUUCCGUAUGACUAUCCUACUCCCACUGAUUCUCUGCCGCCGUCGCGCGACAGCUCUGUUCUCCGCGUGCUUGGUGGAGAGGCCGCCCAGCACGCAACUCCUCCAACACUUACGGCUCUCUCAGGGUUAUCGUCGCCAGAUACUCUGCCAGGGACCGUUUCCGAUGACUGUGUCACUACGACGCCGGACGUGGACGCGGAUGUUACUCCAAAGGCUGCUCCUCGCAGGAGUGGGCGAAAGGUGAAUCCGACGCCCAAGGCUGAAGAGCUUAUGCAGACGCGAGCAAGGGCGAAGGCUCGAGUGGAAAAGAAGGCGGUAGGAUCGCUUACGAAAGAAGUCGGCAUGUCUACUCGUUCGUUGACUGGGAAGGCUGGACGAUCUACUCCGACACCUCAACCCCUCGUUAGGAAGAGAAAGCUUGGUGACUGA